AUGGCGUCCCUUAUGCUCGCGGCCGGCCAGGAGCCCGGUGCCAGCGGCGGCCCGCCGACCACGCCCACGGCCGUGGUGGGCGGCGGGCAGCAGCUGCCGGUUCACCUGGCUGCAUCGCAGGGCGCCUGCGAGGAGCUGGAACUGCUCCUGUCUUUGCCUGGCGCCGCCGCCGCCGUCGACGCCCGCACCGCCGCCGGCGCCACCCCCCUGAUGCUCGCCGCCGCCCGCGGCGGCUGCGCCCGCUGUGCGCGCCUCCUGCUCGCCGCCGGCGCCGACCCCGCCGCCGCGGACGGUCGCGGCUGGGCGCCGCUGCACGCGGCGGCGCGGCGCGGCCACGAGGGCGUGCUGCGCGCGCUGUGCUCGUCGCCGGGCGCUGACCUGGAUGCGCGGCUGCCGGACGGCUCGGCCGCACUGCUGCUCGCGGCUGAGCACGGCCACGCCGGCUGCAUCGAAGCUCUGCUGGAGGCGGGGGCGCACCCGUUGACCGCUGACGAGGACGGGUGGACGGCAGGUCACUGGGGAGCAUUCAAUGGACAGGAAGCGGCCCUGGAGAAGUGGGUGGGCGGCCUCGGGGCGGGGGGCGCCGCUGCGGCCGCUGCUGUCGCGGCCCUGACGGCGGACGGCGACAGCGCUGCUGACCUGGCGGCUCAGGAGGGGCACGAGGGGGCAGAGGCGCUGCUGCUGCGCGCGGCGGCGGCGGCGUUGGCCCGGCUGAGCGAUCGCAAGGCAGAAGACAAUUGGGCAGCAGAUGAUGCCGCCCCACACGGCGAUCAGCAGGAGUGGGACAUGGCCAGUGAGGCAGACGCGCCGAAAGAGCGGCAGCGCAGAAGCUUCAACCUGACCGCCGUCGCAGCAGUGGGUGGUGGUGGCGCAGCUGCAUCCGCAGCCCCGGCCAUAAAUGUGUUGUCUGAUCCGCUGAUGCAGGCGGCGCCAAUUGUGGCCACUCAGGGCAAAGUUGAGGGUUUCCCGUGA